AGUGGCGUGAUUAUUCGAUAGCGAAUGAUAGAGAAAAUGUACGUCAUGUGAUUGUGGAUUCUUUUUUCGCACGGAGCAGUCACCUGUCGGCCAAGAAAAUACAAUUACGCCUGCAAUUCGACAGUGAACAAUUAGCAAGAUGGCGGCCCAAAUACGCACCGUGGUGUCCCAAACGUUCCUGUGGCUCUUCCUCGCCGUGGCCACCAUCCUGACCCUGUACUUUGUGAUGACGGGCAAGGGCGAGCGGGUGAGCGUGGGCUGGUUCCUGGCCUCCUCGAACCCGUACAUGUGGGCCUGCCUGGGCAUCGGGCUCUCCGUCUCGCUGUCGGUGGUGGGCGCCGCCCUGGGCAUCCAUACGACGGGCACGAGCAUCGUGGGCGGCGGCGUGAAGGCGCCCCGCAUCAAGACCAAGAAUUUGAUCUCGGUCAUCUUCUGCGAGGCGGUGGCCAUCUACGGUCUGAUCACCGCCAUCGUGCUGUCCGGCCAGCUGGAGCAGUUCUCGAUGGAGACGGCCCUGUCGAAGGUGGCCAUCCAGAACACCAACUGGUUCUCCGGCUACCUCAUCUUCGGCGCUGGCCUGGCCGUCGGCCUGGUCAAUCUGUUCUGCGGUAUCGCUGUGGGCAUUGUGGGUUCGGGUGCCGCCCUCUCGGACGCCGCCAAUGCCGCCCUGUUCGUCAAGAUCCUUAUUGUGGAAAUCUUCGGCUCGGCCAUCGGUCUGUUCGGCCUCAUCGUGGGCAUCUACAUGACCUCCAAGUCCAAGAUGGGCGACAAGGAUUAGGCGCCGUCGCCAGCCAUCCAGUCCUUCGCCACUCCAUUAUCAUCACGAAGAACAACAAUCAGUCAUCAAAGCAUUCCCCCAUCCCGAUGCAGACACGCACAACACCAGUGUUUGCCUAUUUUUUGGAAAUUACGACUCGCUUUACGCAGUUACUGCUUGCAGGAGACUCCCGACAAACCGAAAUCCGAUCAGCCGAAAC